CGUCCAAAUACAGCCAUUACUUCACACAAGAAGGCCAACAGCAAUGCCUGAACUGGAAUUCACGACCUCCCCUGCCUGUGCCAUCGACGACGCAGACUCAGCAGACUCUCCAGUGUUCUCCUUCCGGCCACAGCGGCGACCGCGGGGCGCUGGCGGCCGCGCAGCCGCAUUCGUGCUCGCGCUGGGCUGCGUCGCUCUCGCAGCCACCGUCUCGAUACGCUCGCUGCGGCGCCAGACGCGCGUGCCCGAGUACCUCGCCGCGACGCAUACGAGGCCGCCGUCGCGCCAGCCGACGCAUCAGCCGACCCUCGGGGACGCGACCUGCGGCAUGAAGGCGGGCAGUCAGCCCGUCGACUGCGACAAGUGGGACCAAGGGUCCUGCGGAAACGCGUGCUGCGUCUUGGACGUCCACGUCGAUGGAGGCGUCGACGACGCCUACGACGCCCUGGCCGCGUACCUCGAGAACGGCGGCGGCGACGGCCUCUACGCCAAGGCCCCGGCGAGCGACACCGUCGGACACGUCUCCGAGGACGACCAGGGCGACUACCCGUUCCAGUUCUCUCCCGCGUUGCCGUGGCGCUACACGACCAGUGGGUUUCACGCCACGAGCGGCGGGUAUGUUGAUCAGCUGAAGUUCUCCGUCGGCGUGACGAGCGGCGGCAACGCCAAGGUCCGCAUGUCGUCGAUUAGCGGCAUCAACGGAGCUUUGGGUGAUAUGGGCCAGAACUACAAGAACCUGGCGUUCCUCGCGGCGGGCCUGGGCUGGGACCCGCCGACUGUGGCGUUUGGGUGCGGGCACCGUUAGAUUUGUUAAGAUACUUG